AUGCAUUCCUCUGGCCUUGCAAUUCGUGUCUUCUUCGUGGUGACUAUCGUGUUGGCACAGUUCAGCUGCCACACUUGCGCCGCAAGCGAUGACGAGCUUGAUAUUUUCGACUAUCAUCACAGCAUCGGCGCAGCUGAUCCUUCGUCCUCAAUCGAUGCGCAUGUUAUAGCCCAGAACGACCAAAGUUACCCAAGUACACAAAUUCAUGGCAUCCCUUAUCUUAGUGAAAGCCCUCGGAGCAGAUUUGUUGAAGAUCCUGGUUUACCUUCCGUAGGUCCGGCAGCGGUAUCUGCUCGUCUUUCUGGCGCCAACACCGAUGUCCCGUCGUCUUCACGACAUUUGCGAAGGCUUCAUAGUUCCCCCAGAGCAGGCUUUCAGCAACCAAUUAAUGUCAGAUUACCUGUCUUACACGAAGCGCCACUUCCGCAAGAGGAAUACUGGCACAUAUUCCGAAGCUUUCGAUACAAAUUGGACAGGCUUCGACUUAAUCCAGCGACACUCAAGCUAUCUCAGCCACUCAAAGAUGUUCAACGCGUCCACCUUGACCUUCUUCACACGCAGUUGCAGCUUCAAAUCGACUCGAAGCAAGCUGUCUUUAUUACUCCAACCGCUGAUCACAAAGCCCGUAUCAUUGCAAUUCCCAUCCAGAGUGAGCACUUCAAGAACACAAUAGUCGAGCUACACCCCAGUCAAAAAGUGGCCUGGGCUAUCUUGAGUAUCAAGAAUCAUCCACAGACGGUCGUAACAUGGUUGAGCUACGCUUUGCUCGAGGUUCACGACCGAGAAACCCUCGAAGAUGUUUUAAAGAAUGGACAUCGUGUGCGAACUUUAGGCAACUUUCUCACUUACAGACCGCCUACUUGA